GACCAAUCUCUAUAAGUCCCUCUUCCCAGCCCCACCCCUUCCCAAAGAUUCAUUCACUGUGUCCCCCUCCAGAAUGUCUGGGAUGAGGGGAGUUUUCCCCUCCUAUGGAAGGGGGGCAGAGGAAAAGUACCUUGGGUGGGCCCCCUGCAAGCGGGAGUUUUGUUGAGCAAAUACCUAUUGCAGGCCCAGCCAACCAGGUGCUAAAACAUGAAACACAACCACACACCAGUGGUCCUUCUGCCCUCCCAGGAAUCACCAGCAAGCAGAGGUUGCUGCCCCAGGGGCUAUAUACACCAGCUAGAAUCGGUUGGGAUUUUACAGCCCUCCAAACCCCUAUGCCUGGACUUCAGACCUGUUCAAUCAAUCACUGGGAGUGUAUCAGCAAAUGGAAAAAAAAAAAUCAUUCCAGUAGACAGCCUGGAAUUGAGAGCAGUUGAAAAUCACUUCUCUGGCCCAUUUAGGGAUUUAGAGAAGGUGUCCCAGGCCUGUGUAGGCAUGGAGACCCUCUCAUCCAGUACAAGAGUCUGUCCUGAACACCAGGGUUGUGACAGACUACCAACCAUGAACAAGGGCUGGGACACUGCAGUGUUCCCAAGGAGCAAUAAAGUGGACAUAGAGAUGAAAUACAGGACAAUUUGGGUGUGUGUCAGAAGCAAAUAGAAGAGAGGAAUCAAGGGUGAUAUGGGAUUUUUUUUUUAACCUCAAACUGGGAGAGUAGCAAUUUUUGCUGAGAUGAGGCGUUCUGGUGAGGGGAGAGGGGAGGUGAAAGGAGAAUUGCUUUCGCCACAUUGGGUUGACACGGGCUUUGAUCUGGGGAGGGAGGUCAGCGAUGGAAGCCUUGGAUCUGGGAUAGGCCUCUCUGCAGAUUGCAAGUUCACAUGCCACUACCGUUGCCGCGCGCUUGUCUGCCUGGACUGCUGCGGGCCCCGGGACCUGGGCUGGGAACCUGCGCUGGAGCUGGACACGAACGUGGACGAACCUGUGGAGUGGGAGACACCUGACCUUUCUCAGGCUGAGGUUGAACAGAAGAUCAAGGAGUACAAUAGCCAGAUCAACAGCAACCUCUUCAUGAGCCUGAACAAGGAUGGCUCCUACACAGGCUUCAUCAAGGUUCAGCUGAAGCUGGUGCGCCCUGUCUCAGUGCCCUCCAGCAAGAAGCCACCCUCCUUGCAGGAUGCCAGGCGGGGCCCAGGGCGGGGCACUGCUGUGAGGCGCCGUACCUCCUUCUACCUGCCCAAGGAUGCUGUCAAGCACCUGCAUGUGUUGUCACGCACGCGGGCACGUGAGGUCAUUGAGGCCCUACUUCGCAAAUUCUUGGUGGUGGAUGACCCCCGCAAGUUUGCUCUCUUUGAGCGGGCUGAACGCCAUGGCCAAGUGUACCUCCGGAAGCUGUCAGAUGAUGAGCAGCCCCUGCGGCUGCGGCUCCUUGCAGGGCCUAGCGAGAAGGCCCUAAGCUUUGUCCUCAAGGAGAAUGACUCUGGGGAGGUGAAUUGGGAUGCCUUCAGCAUGCCUGAACUACACAACUUCCUGCGCAUCCUGCAGCGGGAGGAAGAGGAACACCUCCGCCAGAUCCUGAAAAAGUACUCCUAUUGCCGUCAGAAGAUUCAGGAGGCCCUGCACGCCUGCCCCCUGGGGUGACCUCUUGUACCCCUGGGGGAAAGGAGGAGAGUAGGCAGCGCCGAGGGCGUGCCGUGUGAGUGUGACAGGGCCCAUGUGGCCUGAAGAAUGAGUGUGCAUGGAGGUCGUCUCUUACUGGGGGAAUGAGCCCAGAGAACAGCAAAGGAGCUGGCCCCCUGUGUCCACCCAUAGGUGUAGCAAAGCAUGGCUCUGCACCCUUCUGCCCUUCAUGUAGUGGGUCAUGGUGGGCCAGGGUUGCCCCAGGAAGCUGCUCCAGGCUUGCAGCAGGGAUAGAGCAGAAUUAAGUCUCCUUAAUUCGUGUCUCAGAUACCAGAAUCUUGGGAGACCCUACAAACAGAAUAGGGUCAUGUUUUCAGGGAUAAGGGCCCUCCUCUAUGGGGAAAGGUCAUAUGUUUUGGGUGUUGGAUGGGGUGUCAGGACAGUCGGAGCCAAGGGCAGGUGUUCAAGAUAAGGCAGGCGUGGGGGAAGAGUCUAGGUUUCCCUCUACAGUGGCUUCUGACUCCUCACACACACUGGGGUCAGGGAAUGCUGGCUCAUGGUGCAGCAACAGUGCCUCAGUGCCUCCUCCAAGGAGGAUGUCCCUAGGCCAGGGUCUGUGUGAGUGUGGGCACUGGUCAGGUCUGUGCCUUCUUUGCCAAUCAAAGCGAGGGUCUUUCCCUCAGUUAUUUUUGAUGAUGUGUGCGAAUGUAUGAAAUAUUUUGUGGCCUCAGCUGCAUGCCUCCUGUGGGGAAGGGGGUGGGGGUGACAGUCAUCAUCAGGGCCUGGGGCCUGAGAGAAUUGGCUGAAUAAAGAUUUAAGAAUUCUG